AUCGUAAACUUUGAGAAACAAAACGAAGAGCUUACAGGCUACCAAGGACUAAAAGCGCUUUGCUGCCGUCAUUAGACAGGGUGACCCGGUCAGCUGACCCGCGACGGUGACAAACACCACAAAUAAGACAAAGCGGACUUCUGCUUUAAGGGUCUCAACUCUGUCUGUCGGACACGUCCGCAAAAAGCAACGGAUGUCUGCUUUACACAAUAAAGAGCGAAAGCUCCGACAAACCAUUUUUGCUCGCUCGAUAAGUAAGGGGGAGAGAAUAUUAAAAAAAAGAAAGAAAGAAAGAAGAACCCGAGUGAAGGUGCGAUUACAGACAGGAACGAGUCCGGCCACCGGGAAGUCAUGAUGUGACUGCAGGGGAACUUUACUCUUCGGCCUUGCAAUGCAUGAAUCCACGUAGUCACCUGUGCCCGAAUAAAGGCUUGUCUGAUUAACGACUCCUGUCUUAACACAAGACCCCCGGAUGUCUGCCCACCUCAUAUGUAAAUGAGGGUCGGCCCCUUGCCAGUCCAGCCUGAGCCCUGCCGAGGUGACGGUGCCGAGCUCCUUCAAUAAGGGGGCCCUUCGAAGAGCUUCAGCUGAUCGCUCAGUUGGGAUUUUCCUGCCAAAGCCCCCCGCUGGACCUCGUGGUCUCCAUCGUCUCUCCACGCUGUGAAGCUCUGUGACGAUGGACUCAAGUGCGCCCACCUCAGGUAGGAACUAUGAUGACAAAUCUCCAGCACCUUUCAUGUUUUAUAGAUGUGGCCAGACUAACAAAGUGAAUAAAGCCCCUGAUGGAUGGCACAGUUUGACCGCAGGUGCUACGAGGCAAGUUAAGAAUGUGCCGCUGCCCACUGAAGGGGCUUUUGGAUUGGAAGCGUGGAGGUUUUUGUUGGACAAGCUGCAGGAGGGAAAAGAGGAUGAAGUGUUGAACGCGUUGAAGAUGGAGAUGAAGCAAAGGCAGAAGCGAGAAAGAAACAGAAUACGCGACGCGGUGCAAGAGAAAUUAGACGCUAUGGACGAGGGGUGUAUGCCACCUGAAGAUGAGAGUGCGGCAUUACCUAAGGGGGCUCAGUGCUUAGCUAAAACAGGAGGGCUGCACGCCCUGGACCCCAAAAGACCACUAACUCCAGGAGAUGCGAGGCCCGUGUCUGUGGUGGGACUACAACUGGGGCUCAGUCCACUCCUUCAGGCUGCAGCCACCCCAACCACCAGCCCUGCCGGACCCCAAAGUGUGAUUGUGUCACAACAACAUCCCCUCCAUCAGCCCCCAGCCCAAGGACCAGAUGAUGAAGACAUUUAUUCGGCCCUGCCGAGGGAUGAUGACCCCCAGUCUCUUGAAGCCCCUUUAAUACAGAAGGCUGACGGUGUAAAGACUGAUCAUCCCAAGCCGUGGUCUUCCUUUGAAGUCUACACGAUUAUCCGGAACGUUCCGAAGCCCGCAGACAACCAUCACAAAUUUGUGCAGGAGAUCGAAGCCUUGCGGGCGUCCUAUGACUUGACCAUAGGAGACGUCGAGCAAGUCAUGAGGGGGGUCUUGGGGGAAUCCGAAUGGCUGGCAGUGAGGAGGUCAGCUAUGGCAGACGGGGACAAGAAUGGGAGCAGCUGGCCAAACACCCCAACGCUGCCCUUCCAGGAACGGGACUGGUUGGCACUCCAGACGACCUUACUGAUUAGAUACCCACACAAAAUCAACUGGAGCGCGGCCAGCAACGUCCAUCUGAGAGACGGAGAGGGGCUCUACAACUUCUGGGACCGCUGCAAGAAGACCUUCCUGCUGCAUUCGGGGCUGCAGUGGGCCGAUAACAUGGAGUCCCUCAUUAAUGCCAACUUUGUUAACGGGCUGCCGCCCAGUAUUAAGAUAUUAGCCCAGCAGGACCCCUGCUUUGAGGACGACCCACCCAAUAAACUGAUCAGGCGGGUGCAAAUCUGGAUGGAGAAGGAGAAGGUGAACGCGGCCAAAGAGACCACGAAUGGGGGUGCUUUUAAUCAGGGGGCCGCCAACCAGUGUUUGAAGAGACAGAGCCACAGCGGAGGAAGAGACAAAGCCAAGGCUAAUGCAAAAUGGAGUCAAGCGCAGCAGCUGCCACCGCGGCCUACACUGUGCCAUCAAGCAGAACAACCACCUCCAUAUUGCCAAAUCUCUUUUAAAUGUCACGGGUGUGGCCAGCCGGGUCAUUUCAGGCGGAAUUGCCCUUUCGCAGGUGGAAAAACGGAGUAGUGGCAGAAUUCGCAGUAAAUCAGUCUUUGCCAAAUGCCACAUUAGCUGCUGCUGCUCCAUCUCUGGAGUCUUCUUCUCUUCCUCCUCCUCUUCCUCCUCCAUUUCCUGUCCCAGUAGUGAAUGUUGAACUGAACGAGAAGAGUUUCUGAUUUCUAGUUGUCCCCACCGCCCGAAGCUCCAUUAAUGGGUGAACAAGUGGCUCUUAUCAGGGUGGGAGGACAACCACAUGGCACACCUCUUGGGAGUCAUUUGAGGCGCCUCACCAGCAGAACCUCCAUUCCUCCUCUCUGAUCUCUCAACCUUUACUUAUAUGGCAGCUUACAACAGCUGAGAACCAUUCAGAUAAUUCCAAUUGGAGCUGAAGUGACCUGCUCAGGCUCACAUGGUGUCAGUAGUGGGAUUUGAACCCAAGACCGAGAGGUUUACAGUCCAAACCCUUAACUUGCUGUGUAAACUCGCUGGCCACAUUUCCUGCACACCUGAUGGUCCAAACUUGGAACAACCCUUAACACGCUAAGUGACGAGAAGAAGAGCGCUCUGCCUGAAGCUUCCUGGACCUCCAACUUCCACCAUACGGACACCUGACCAUCACACCUGAAUGAGCUUCCCAUCCCAUCCCAUCCCAAAGCCAUGGACCUCAACAUGGAGCCGCAGCUCUUACAACCUCCACUCUUCUGAGAUGGCUUUCCACAAGUGUUUGGAGUCUGUCUGGGGGAAUCUGUGCCCACUUGUGAGGUCAGAUGCUGCUGCUGGACCGGAAGACCUCACCUUCAUCACCCCAAAGGUGCUCACUAGGGUUGAGCCACUUGAGUGGACCACAGGGGUGCAGUCAGGAUGGAACAGAAAACACACUGGUACCACAGAGUGGUCAAAAAUGUAGCAUUGAUGGGACCCUCAUUGGAACCAAGGGGGCUCAGCCAUACCCUGCCAUUAUCCCCCUCCACAUGUGGGCGCUGCUCCAAUGGCAGACAGUGUGCUUCUGUGCGCUGCACAUGGCAUGGUGGUCUAAGGCUCGGUCAUGGAAACCCACUUCAUGACACCCGUCGUGCUGAUGUUACUUCAGGGAGGGGUUGGCACUCUGCUGUGGGCGACACCACCGAGGACAGGCCCUGCGUACCCACUUCACCACUCUGAGUGAGCAGAUGCUGGACUCUGGGAGCUAAAGAGUUAAAUGAUUAAAAGCCGUAGGAAAGUUCAGAACUUCAGAAAAGUGGGAGUUGAAGGCCAAGGACACGGUAGGCGCAGCCCUGGAAAACAAGCAGGCAAUCAGCUUCAUGUGUAGAAUUCAAGGCUGGCAGCUGAAAGGCCAACAGUGGCGCCUGCCCGAGGGACGUCCUGUGUGGGAAUGAAGGAGAUAAAGAGAAUAGCGCCUGAGUUUGAGGCCUACGAAGGGGACUGAAACUGCUACAGGGGAGUGUGUGUGUGUGUGUGUGUGUGUGUGUGUGUCACUGGCAGGUAUCGGACAUUGAUAUUGUUUUAUGAGUUAUUAGGGAGGAGCUGCAGCACGGUGGCACAGUGGUUAGCACUGGCAGUCGGACAUGAAGGGUCAAGUUUGCAUGUGUCUGUGCAGAGUUGGUAUGUUCUCCUGUGUCCCUGCAGGUCUCUCGUAGGGUGUGUGUCUUCUCCCUGUGAGUGUGUCCGUUUUCCUGGGAACGUUUUCCGGCUGUGCACUCUAUUGGAUGACCUGGGGUGGCGCCAUCUGAGGCUGUCGGGCGUUCGCGUGUCCUGAUCCUUGAAGUGAGUGACAGCGGAGUGUAAGGGUCAAGCAGUCGACUUGUCCUUCUUUAGAGUGUGUGAGUAAGUAGAUGAAUUGAUGAUCAGGCUGCCUUGUUAUUCUGUUACAUUUUAACUGAGAUAUGCAAAUCUGUUACGUAGAGUCGAGUGUCUAAAUGAGGGUCCGCGCCCUUUGUUCACGGGAGAGUUAGUGAACUUGGGGUUUCUCUUCUUUUAAACGAACAGAGUUAAAGACAGAUGGCAGACUUUCUCCUGCCUGGUUCUUGGCGGUGAUUAAAUUCCUUCUGUGGCAGUGCCAUGUUUAAAGUCCCCGAGCCCUUCGGUAUGGGCCGAUGUCUGCCAAUGGAGAUUGUGUGGCUAUGAGUUUGUGUCGACGCACCUGUUAACAAAGAACUGCGUUAUCUGAAGGGGUCUCCACAUACGUCUGGCCGUACAACGAGUGCUGAGAUGAACCGAGCAAAUGGGGUUUUCUCCUACAGUUCUGUUGCCGCAACUCGACUUGCCUUUGCCCUCAUGACCUCCGUGGAGUCCGGCUGGACGAGUCUUUGCACCAUUGCAGCGCUGCUUCUUUUCUUAGGGAAAAAAUUGGGAAGGCUGAAGCCUCCAACCUUCCCUGUCUGAGGGUCUGACGAUCGAUUUUCUCUUUCUUUUCUCAUUUAAUAUCCCCUGGAGUGGGAUUUGAAAGACCCUUUGCAAAUUUGUAAUUCUAGGGUAGCUGGUCUACCGUCGUGUAUGCAAUGUGCUGAUGAAUUCCUCGCAGGAGUCCGAAGGGUCGACUCCUGUUAUUAGGGAGUUGAGAGAAACCAGGAAAAGUUGGGCCCAUCCAGCAGGUUUUGUGACAGAUGAAGCUUUGUGGCUCAUCUUUAAGUUGUGGGGAGUGAAUGUGAACACUCCAUUAACCUCCUUGGCGUUAACCCUGGUGAGACUCGGGCUCAGAAUUUGACGUAAAUCUGGUUAGACCCGAGUCAGACUCAGGGUGCCGUGUCAUGAACCGCCUUAUACUGUUAGGACAGUGUUCUGCUGCCAUCUAGUGGAUAAAAUAACAACAACACAGAAGCUUUGUGUAUGUCCCUUUAUGGGAAAUCCUCAAUAUUCAUGAGUGGGGCGGAGCCUUAAAAGAGCAUGGCGUGUAAACUGAAAUUGAGCCAUUGCUCGAACGGAGUGAUAGUGGCGACGGUGUGAAUCGGCCAUCAGACGUUAACACAGCUAGUGGAAGUGAUGCACGAUACGGCGCCAGAUGACCGAACCGCCAUGAUAUGCUGUGGUCACCUGAAGGCUCACUGUAGUCAGACAGUAGCUGUGUGGCUAAACGGCACGGUGUCAGAAAGAUGUCAGCCCCCUGAGCACCGUGUCAGAGGAGAUGUGGAAGUCGCCAAGUCCUGCGCUGUGGUGGCCCACAGUAGCACAAGGGGUGCGUCAGUCCUGUGGAUCAGCCGCUGACUUUCCACGUCUCCUGUGCAAGCGGCAGAAUAAAACAUUAAGAGGGCAAAGAAACGCGCGUCUACGGUCCCGAUUGUGACGUCACUCGACGCCCGGGUAGCUAAAUCUGCACCACUCGGCAGGCCUCUCCUGCUCUCUUCACGCCGAUGUCUUGGUAUUUACGAGUUUCUCGCAAUCACAGGUUUUCUUGUUCAAGAAGAUGAAUGUUGACUCGUUCUUCUUUGUCUGACAUUUUAAGGUUUGCUCAUCUGCGGGACUUUAGAUCCUCCAGUCGCUCUGCUCUUUUCCUCGUGUGGCUGAUCUCGUCCUUCUCUUUAUUUUAUGCGCCUUUGCUUUGUGUAGUUCCUCACAUGAGCCACAGAUGGCGGGCGUCUGCCGUCCGUAAAAAAGAAAAAGGAGAGGAAGUUGAUAAAGGUGGGCUCUUUUCUCCCACCUUGGAUUUCAGGUUCCGAGGUGUUGAAGGGGAGAAGAUUCGACUUCUGUCUCGAUUUAUAAGGCGGUCGAGGACUGGCCGACACCACUUUAGUAGACGGGUGGUUCUGUGCCCUGAUCGGCCAAAGCUUCACACAAGAAGGGCGGCAAGGACUGCUGAUGUGAAGCGGACCCGUCUGAAAGAAAUCCUCUGGUUGGAUUUAAAGGGCCCUUGUUUGAGCCCUCGAGGUGCCCGUCUUUGUUCUGGGGGAAGCCUGCUGUUGGUUCCCCCUACACCUGUCUGUGUGUGUGUGGUCAGCCAGAGAAGGGGCAGGCAGAGGGGUAGCCAUGAAAUUCUGUUUAAGUGCCCUCCGCAUGGCUGCCCACACCUCCGCUCCCCUUGUCACAGGUGGUGGCCUGUGCCCGCUGGAUGCCCCCCCGUCGCACAAACCUGCAAGUCACUGAUUGUGUGCUGUGAACUUGAACCCUGGUUCGGUGGGCACCUAGUGUGUGAUGUGGGUGUAGUGGGUCUGGGCUGAGUCCCUUACUCUUGUGAGCUGAGGUGCGAUUUUCGUAUUUUGCUGAGCUAAACGUCAGCUGAGUGACUUCAUUACCUAAAAUAGCAGAAACAGCAAAGGCUUCAGAAGAAAUCAAGUUAAGAAAGAGGUCGGCGUUUAAAGCGGGCAAACAGCUUCUGGCGUUGAGGUUACACUAAGCUUCCUGCUGACCGACUGGCAGGACCAGAAGGACAAGCUGUGCCCACGCUGAGGGUUCAGGACGUGCCUUAACACCGGACUGCCAGUCAGCCUGGUGGUCCCGGUCACUUGUGACCAUUUAAGGUGUCAAUGCUCCGCCACGUCAUGUUAGCUACUAAAUGUAACCCCUGGUGUUAACGGCCCUUGGAACUGCGAUCUGACCAAUGGAGUGCAUACAUACGGCGCCGUGCCAGGUGCUCCUUUGUCACACGUGUUAGCCUGGUGCUUGUGCUCCUGUAUGAGUGUCACCUCCUGUUCAAGACUGUAGAAAAUAAAGAAGACUGACUGACGCUUC